UACUCUGUGAAUACUGAAGCACGUGGUGUUUAUUCUAGGAACACCGAGCUGAUUUAACGAGUCAGCUUUUUCCUGAAGUCUACGACAUGAUCUUAAAAUAAUUGCUUCUUGUUAAUUGCUACCAUCGUUAUUGUGCAAUCGUUAUGUAACCAGACUACUGGAUUUGCUCAUGGCUGUCGACAUGAAAAAGAGAGCCGGAGAUUUUUUAUAGCGGAUUCUGCAAUUUUUACGUGACUUCAGCACAAGUAGGAUACUGGUGAAAAAUUAUAAACAGGAGCGAUAUCGAGAAACGCACACGUAACAAUGAUCAAGUGAAGUAAUCAAAUUGAGAGGAUUUACGAGUUUAUUUUUAUUAUCUGAUAGUAAAACAAGCAACGAUCAUGGAGAGCGAGUCUACAGUUGCAAUAAUACUAUCACCCGAUCGAGAAGAAUAUCUGAAGAGAAAUAAUGAUGAAGUAGCGCAGCAGAAAUGCCCGAAAUAUUUUGGCUGGCUAGAAAAAGUUUCAGUGGAGCCAACCAUGUGGUUAUACAUGAUGGCAUAUAUGAUUACCUCGGUUGUCGAACAAGCUUUUUUCGUUUACAAAUCCUGUCGAGUUGACCACGGAUAUUCCGAAGAAAUCUGUUCCAAUCUGAACAAGAAUGAGAGCAUAAAAGCUGAAGUACAGGUUACGGUCUCAAAUUUUCAUCAAUGGAACAACAUAGCUGGCCACGUGGCCCCCAUAAUAUUAGCCCUAUUUUUUGGUAAUUGGAGCGAUCGGCGUGGUCGAAAAUUACCAUUGAUAUUUGGAUUACUAGGAAAGUUUAUCUACUCUUUCAUGAUUGUAAUCAAUUCCAUGAUGGAUACGUGGAAUUUGAACACCGUGAUAUACACGGCGAGCCUCCCCAUGGGAAUGUUAGGGGGCGAUGUAGCCAUUUUUGGAAGCUGUUUUUCGUACAUAUCAGACAUAACAUCUGUUCAACAAAGAACCCUAAGAAUCACUAUUUUAGACGUGGUAUACCUUAGCACUAUGCCUACUGGUGUGGCUUUGGGAUCCUAUCUCUAUUCCAACGUAGUGAACUCAUCUUAUACUAUAAUGUUUAUUAUAAAUACUACUUUACUAGCUCUAGCUAUAAUAUACUCAUUAAUAAGGCUAAAGUGGCAAGUAUUGCCUGAGCAACAGUCGUUGGCUGGCAUUAAUUUAUUGACUGACUUUUUCGAUAAAAAGCACGUGAUCGCUACUAUAAAGACAAUGACCAAGAGCAGGCCGAAUCAUAGGAAACUUUAUCUGUGGCUUCUCUUGAUCAUAAUGAUGCUUUACACUUUCCAAAGGGACGAGAAACCUAUGAGUUUCCUGUAUACUCAAUUGAUAUUUCAUUGGGAUGUGAACAAAUUUAGUAAUUUCAAAACAUUCCAAUCGACUAUGUUUGUCCUAGCGAUGCUAAUCGGUGUGCCAAUAAUGAGCAAAGUACUGAAAAUGAGAGAUACCGUAAUAGUAGCCAUUGGUGCUGUUGCACAUGCAUCUGGAAGAGUUAUAUUCGUGUUGGCCAAAAUACCACAAUUAUUCUACCUUGGUGCUAUUGUAGCUGCAUUGGGGCCAACAGUGGCACCAGUUCUUAGGUCAAUGACCUCGAAACUUACUCCUGUGGAGGAACGAGGAAAAAUAUUCGCUAUAUUAUCAGUCUGUGAUAACGCAGUGCCUUUGUUCAGUAGUAUAUUAUAUUCCCAAUUAUAUAAUGCAACCAUAAACACGACACCUGGUUCAAUCUACUGGCUAACCUUCACUACUCAAAUACUUAUCUUAUUUCUUAUUCUAACAAUUCAACUUCAUAUGAAAAAUAACAAUGUCUACGUAAAUAAUGAGAAUUCAACGACGACUUCUAUUAUGGAACCAAGGAAUAAUACAGACUUUGAAAAAGCUUAUUGA